AUGAGUUCAGGGGGGGCGGAGCAGGGCUUGUUUUCGGCUUCGGAGGUGCAGAUGAUUGAUUUUCUAAGGGCUUCUUUUCGGCAAAUGUUGAGCGACCAAGAAAAUGAGCUCAAGGCGGAGAUGGAGAAUCUCAAAAAAGCCAAGGAGUGGGUGGGAGAAACUGAGGAAUGGAAAAUGAAGGUGAGACGAGAAAUGGAAGAGUUGAAGGCCGAGAAAAAGGAAGUUGAUGAGGAGAGAGUGAAGGUUUGUGAGGAAAGAUAUGUGUGGUUGGAGAGGAGGCUGGCUCGCAUUGAGGAGAAUGUUGCUUAUGUUGCUGGGAUGCUUCUCAGAAAGGAUGCUCAGAAUGCUGCUGGUACUAGUACUCCCAACAAGGAAGCUGGCAAGUCUACAGUUUCUUCUUCGUACCUCAACUUGAACCCUCAAAAUGUUGGGAGCGGAGCAUGGGUGGAUCAAAAUGAGAUGCGUUUGGCAUUUGUAAAUGAUCCUCAACUUUGUUUGACCGCUGUUUGUGCACUUUAUAGAAACCUAAUUUCUGCGCCAUUAUCAAAUGAUCAAUCCGGGGUUGAAUUGGCCAAGUAUCUCAUUGACGGCCACCCAGAGAAUAAACUCAAUAGGGCUGUCUCAGACAUAUCUAAAGUUGUUACUGAGGAAUCUAUAAGGUUAGCUCUCAAGUACAGUAGGCAACUUUUCCGCAUUUACUCUAGCGGUGAGGAUCCUUUGUUCUGUCACAAUUCUACAACCUCAGCUAGCUCCAAGCCUUAA